AUGUUCCGCCCUCUGCUGCUGCUCGCCGGGCUGGGCGGCGUGCUGGCGUCGGGACCCGGUUUUCAUGGUCCAUCUGUACAAAUCGUAGUUCCAGAGAAAAUCCAAAGAAGAACAGAAUCAGAAGGACAGAUCUCCUAUGUCAUUCCAAUAGAUAACAAACCAUAUGUUGUGCACCUGAAUAAAAGCUAUUUUUUAGCAGAUCAUUUUAUGGUUUACUUGUAUAAUCAAGGAUCAGUGAGUUCUCAGACUGCAGAUAACCUGGCUGUGUGCUACUAUCAAGGAUAUGUCGAAGGCUAUCCAAAUUCUGUUGUCACCAUCAGCACGUGCUCUGGUCUGAGAGGAACACUUCAAUUUGAAGAUGUUUCUUAUGGAAUUCAGCCUCUGGAAUCUUCAGUUAAAUUUCAGCAUGUCAUUUAUAAAUCAGGCAAUGAAAACAAUGAACUUGAAAGUUUGGACAAAAAUAGCAGAAGCUUAGAAAACCAACAAGUGAACUCUGAAAUUUUUGUAAAUGAAAACCCCAAAUUGUCUUCUCAAAAUUUGCCUCCACUUUAUCUAGAGAUGCAUAUUGUGGUGGACAAAGCUUUGUAUAAUUACUUUGGCUCUGAUAGCAUGGUGGUAACAACCAAAAUCAUUGAAGCAAUAAGUCUUGUAAAUUCGGUGUUUGCCCAGCUGAAGGUCUCCAUUGUCCUGUCAUCACUGGAGAUGUGGUCAGAUGGAAAUAAGAUUUCAACUGAUGGUGAGGCAGAUGAACUAUUGUACAGGUUUUUGGAGUGGAAACAGCCUUAUCUUAUUCUGAGACCUCAUGACAUCGCAUAUUUAUUAAUUUACAGUGAUUAUCCAGAUUAUGUGGGAGCUGCAUUUCCUGGGAAGAUGUGUGUAACCCGUUACUCUGCAGGAAUUAUAAUGUUUCCCAAGGGCUUGACUUUGGUGAGCUUGUCAGUUAUUGUUACCCAAAUGCUGGGCCUCAGUCUGGGAAUGUCAUAUGAUGACCCAAUGUCAUGUCACUGCUCCAAAAUCAUCUGCAUAAUGAAUCCAAAGGCUAUGCAAUUCACUGGCAUCAAGACUUUCAGUGAUUGCAGUCAGAGUGCCUUUGAAAGCUUCGUGUCAAAUAUGGGGGCCAAAUGUCUGCAGAACAAACCACAGAUGCAAGUCAGUCCAGGGUCAUUCUGCGGAAAUAAAAUUGUGGAGGGCAAUGAAGUGUGCGACUGUGGUACUCCAGCUGAAUGUGGAACUAAUAACUGCUGUGACCCUCAAACUUGCAUGCUGAAGCGAGGAAAUAGUUGUAUCAGUGACAAUCCGGACCAGGAGUCAUUGUGUUGUGAAGAGUGUCAAUUUUCAUUACAAGGUCGUGAGUGUAGGCCCUCGAGAAAUCAAGACUGUGAUGUCCCUGAGGUCUGUAAUGGAAGCUCAGGAAGCUGUCCACCUGAUGUAUAUAUACACAGUGGAAAUGUGUGCAAAAAUAAGUACAUUUGUUACGAGGGAUAUUGUCAUGAUCUGGAUGAACGCUGUGAGCGCCAUUUUGGAAAAGGUGCAAGAAAUGCUCCAUUUGCUUGCUAUGAAGAAAUACAAGGGCAAACAGAUAGGUUUGGUAACUGUGGCAAGGAUAAAUACAACCGGUUUGUAUUCUGUGGAUGGAGGAAUCUUUUAUGUGGGAGAUUAAUUUGUACUUACCCUAGCCGAAUUCCUUAUCUCCCGUCUACCAACACUUCUUCUGUAAUUUAUGCUUAUGUACGAGAUAAAGUAUGUAUAACUGAGGACUUUGGACCAGACCCUAAAUUAGAUAAACUCCGGAUCCAAACUGGCCCUGAGUGUGAUACUAAUAGAAUUUGUGUGAAUAGCGUAUGUAUCGAAACAUCAACUAUUAGACUUAAGGCAAGGAAAUGUAAUGAAAAGUGCUCUGGAAAUGGUGUAUGCACAUCAGUGGGCACAUGCAGAUGUUUUGGUGACUAUCUACCUCCAAAUUGUCGAUCUCGUUCAAAGGCUUCUGAGUUGCCUGUGAAAAAUGAUUUGAUUGUGGAAAGUCCUUCUGGUAGAGAUGAAAAGAAGUGGCUUCUCAGUCUGUACAUUGCUCUAUCUAUUCUCAUCAUGGCCACUCUAGUAGCUGCGGCAUGGAUUGGCUUAAAUAAGUGGCUUACCAUAGAAGAGGAAUCUCAGAGUAGCAAAUCAAAAUCAGAAGGCAACACUCACACCAGCGGGUCAAUAUCAGAAGAUAGUACUCCAGAAGAUACCAGCAGAUCAAAAUCAAAAGGGAACACUGAAACACAUAGCAGCAGUAACAAAUAAUCUCUUCGGAAGGCAAAGGACAGCCUGGAGGGUGUCACGGAGUGGAGCAAUGGUGAUUCCUCUGUUCUUCCCCUGGUCAUAGAUGAAGGAACCAAUAAACAGAGUAUAGA